AUGUUCAGUACUCCUGGUGAUGAUGUCUUUGUUGACGUUGCACUCGAGCUGUCUGUGAAGGAGGGAGCAGUUAUGUGGCGCUCUGACGGCCAUGCAGUCGCGCUACAGAGACUACUGCAAAUGCAUCAGACCGAAGCCGACAAGUGGACGCGUUUCGGUUACUACAAUUACAAACGGGAUACAUGUGCACAUCUCACCUCCAUCGCAGGAUGUCACAUCACAACACAUACCACACCGCUCGGACAAUUCAACGCAACCUUUGUCCAGAUGUACACAACCGAUAAAUGCCUUACCUAUGACAUGCGGGCAAGCAAUAAUGCCAAGUUUGUUACAGCAGUUAAUCUGAUGAAGAAGUCAAAGUACACAUACAAUGAGUUUCUUGGGAAAUUGUAUGGUGUCUUCGCAGAUGCAGCAUGGCAUAACGAUGUACAUGCACGGAUUGAGGCACGAGUCCCACUGGCUAAUGCGGAAGAUGUGUUCGCAGAUGUUCCAGUUGCGAGCUUCUUGGAUCUGGUGUAUUGUGUUCCACGACAAGACUGGUGGCAAUUUAAAUCCGCCAGAGCUCUCGGAUUUGCGACAUUGAUCCAGUGGCAGAAUGAAGAGCACAACACAGACAUGCGACACCGUUACUAUCCAGUCAUCCUGACAUGUCUUGUCGCAUUUAUGGUGAAUUCGCUUCAUGCACGGCCAGAAGAGCGAUCAGGACACAAGAUGUUGAUGCAUGCCAUCUGGCUGCGAACGUACUGGCAGGAAGAUCAUCACAUGAUCCUUCCAUGCACGCGAAAGAGAGAUGGGACAGAUGAGCCAGGACCAUAUGCAGAAGGAGGACUCUGGUGGAUUCCGAGCAGUGUGAUUGCAUGGCCAACACGGAAUGGAGGUGGUACAAGAAUACCACGAUGCGAGAGUGUCAUCCAAGUGCCCAGUGAGGCAGGUUGGAAUUUGUUGGGCAUUAGAAAGACGCUGAAUGAGUUCUGUUCUGAAGAUAGUCGCAUGAAGCACCAACAAUUGGUGGAACGGAAGCCAAUGGGCCAGGUCAUAGGGUGCACGAGGAAAGCCAAGGGUCGACCUGAGGGGCCAAUGCCGAAGACAGAAAGGCUAGCUCGACGGAUAGAAAUGCCACAAAAAUCAUAUGACUACAGGCCCGAUCUGCCACCACAGGACUGGAUAUACGAUGAACAAUAUCCGGAGCAUGCCGGGACAUUUCUGAAUCAAGUACUACAGCAAUAUGUGUCUGACAUGCUGCAGAAGGUUGGACGGGUGAAAUGUGGAUGGGAACAUUCUCCUCUGACACAGAAUGAACGGCGGAUGGUUGACAUCCGUAUCAUGAAAGAAAAUGAUCUUGGAGGAGUGUUGACACAUGCACAAAUGCAUGAAGGAACAGAGAGCCAGUGGGAUUCACUGUUUGACAACAUCUUCCGGACUCCGAAUGAACUGAACGCUAGGAAACGACAGUCUGCACGGAGUAACUGGGGAAAGACGAAAUCAAUAAAGAUGUGGGAAGGAUUUUCGGGAGGGGAACUGAUUAAACCGGAACGAGUUCGAAAAGAGGAUCUACCACAUUCAGCGGUCCGCCUCAUCCGGAAUCCAUGGAUAGAGAACUGGAGAUUUGAUAUUACGAGUGGCCACAUGCCAGCAUUGCGGAAUGUUGAGGAAUGGGAGGAGAGGGAGGAUGAAGAGGAAAUCAUGUCGAUAAUUGAGAGGGAAGAAAGAGAGAAGCAAAAAGAGAUGGAUAUGCAGGAAAGAGAAGAUCGCAUUCUCCGAGAGCGCAGAGAAGAAGAGGAAUCCUCGGAGGAUGAAGUGGAGCCAGACAUCAGAAGGCAAAUAACAGAUGAAAGGGAACCGAUCACUAUGGAAGGGAACAGAGGGAUGCUACUGGGGGAGCCCAUUGUGUCGCCCAGUCAGCAUCAAAGUUGA